AAUGACCCGUGCGUCCCCGCUCAGGCACAAAUCCACACACAUACAAAAACUUCGCCGUCUUCGUCUUUUAGUCGGAUUAUAUACAGGGAUUGAUCAAAAAGAAUGGCCGGAGACGACAUACUCACAGAAACAGCAGGGCCCUUAGUGGCCUCGGACACAAUCGAAGAGGCUGCUCCGCUUCUAGGUGAGGCCGAGACGGUCGACAAAAACCAGAUUGAAAUAGAGCAAGCCGAGUUUGAAGCUGAGCAGGCCGAAGAAGAAGAGCUCUCGUCGCGAGCGCUUGUCACCGUAUUCGUUUCGCUUUAUGUCGGUAUCUUCCUUGCUGCGCUCGAUGGAACCAUUGUCGCAACUCUGCUGGCGCAUAUUGCUUCGGAGUUCAACGAACUUCGGUCGGUCUCGUGGAUUGCCACUGGCUACAUGAUUAGUGUUGCCGCUGUCCAGCCAAUUUACGGAAAAAUCUCGGACAUUUACGGCCGGAAAGCUGUUCUCAUUGCCUGCAACAUCACCUUUGGCGUUGGCUCAGUUCUUUGUGGAUUAGCACCUUCGUUCUGGUUCUUGGUUGGAGCACGUAUUCUUACUGGUAUCGGUGGUGGUGGUUUGACGUCGCUCACUGCUAUCACUCUUUCGGAUAUUGUUCCUCUCCGCCAGCGUGGUGUUUUGCAAGGUAUUGGAAACAUUCUCUGGGGCUGCGGUGCUGCGUUUGGCGGUGUUGUCGGUGGUAUUAUCACAGAGGCUUUCGGAUGGCGCUGGGCGUUUUUGUCGCAGGGACCCAUCAUUGCUCUCUCGAUUGUUACCAUCACUUUCAAUUUGCAUCUGCCAGUCAAGGAGGUCGACGGAUCGAAACUGAAGCGUAUCGAUUUCUUGGGAUCAUUCACUCUCGUCAUGGCGCUGGUAUCCUUCUUGCUUACUGCUAGCAUCGGCGGUGUAUAUUUCCCUUGGUUCAGUAUCCCAGUGUUUAUGUCUCUUUUGAUCUCAAUACUUUUCUUUGUCGGAUUCCUAUUCGUCGAAUUGAGAGUCGCCAAAGAGCCUAUCAUUCCUCUUCAUCUGCUCAAAGAUCCCACAGUCUUCGGCUCUUCAUUCACAUCGUGGUUCAUGAACAUGAUCUACUAUGCUCAGUUGUACUACAUCGCAAUUUACUUCACCUCGGUCCGCCACGUAUCACCUACCAAAUCUGGCUCCAGUUUGAUCCCGCACUUCCUCGGAGACUCUGUCGGUGCUCUGGUCGUCGGUUAUUACAUGCGUGCUACGGGUCGCUACUUCCCGAUGAUUGUGCUCGCUGCUGUAUCACUGUUUCUGGGUUCCCUGGCUCUUUGCUUCGUAGGCACUGAGACCCCUAGAUGGCUUAUCAUGGGAACCAUUUUCAUUCCUGGCUUUGGAUUCGGCCUCUACCUUACACUCACGCUUAUUGCUUUGGUGGCAGCUGUGCCUAGAGAGUUCCAGGCUGUUUCAACUUCUAUCCAGUAUGGUUUCAAGGGAACCGGCUCGACUCUCGGUGUUUCGCUCUCGACCGCUGUCUUCCAGAACGUGCUGGCUUCCAAACUAUACGCACGCAUCACGGGUCCGGGUUCGGAGGAGAUAAUCAGCCAAGUUCUUGGCUCGGUUGACCAAAUUGGCCAUCUCUCGCCUGAGUUACAGGAAAUAGUCACAGUUUCGUAUCUUGACGCCGUCAAGGCAGUUUUCAUGCUAGCCACCGUUCUAUGUGUCAUGUGCGCUGGUACUGGUUUUAUGAUGAAGGAGCAUAAGCUCCAUAACACUGUACGAAGAUAGAGUGUGUUUGGAAUUUUAUUCUCAAUUAGAAGCACUCGUCUGUUAGAUCCCACAGUACGCGGUUGAAGGCCCAGAUAUAGACUCCAAAAUCGCGAGUGAAUGCUUAUAGAAGUCUUUGUUUUUGGACCACAGUAUAGGAUAUGCCGGUGAUAUUUUUUCUUUGUCUUC